UGGGCGCUGCGUGCAGGGAUGUGGAGGAGCACAGCCGGAGGAGGAAGCAGGUGUCCUGGCACGUUGAGAUGUCUGUGGAGAACGCCCACCUGUUCGUGCACUUCCUCGUCACCGACCUAGGGCUACAGGAAGGUGUGUAGACAAGUCUACUUGUCUCUUUGGGACACUGAGAUUCCUAACACAAACAUCUCUCCAUGGCUCCUUAUCACAUCCGCAAGUACCAGGAGAGUGACUGUACACAGGUCCUGGCCUUGUUCACCAAGGGCAUGAAGGAGCACAUCCCCACCACCUUCCGCCACAUGCUGAGGCUCCCUCGAAUCCUCCUGCUCUUACUUGGGGUGCCUGUUGCUCUGCUCCUGCUCUAUGAUUCGUGGAUCCUGGCUCUGAUGUGCACCUUCUCCCUGCUCCUUUUCCUUUGGUUCAUUGCUGGAUACCCCUGGAAGCAGUAUGUGGCCAUGUGUUACCGUACAGACCUGGCUGACAUCACCAAGUCCUACCUGAGCUCCCGUAACUCCUGCUUCUGGGUGGCUGAGUGUGGGGGGCACGUGGUGGGCAUGGUGGGUGCCCUGCCUGUCAAGGAUCCCCCCUUGGGGAAGAAGCAAUUACAGCUGUUUCGCAUGUCUGUGUCCUUGGAGCACCGAGGAAAGGGGAUAGCUAAAGCUCUGGUCAGAACUGUCCUCCAGUUUGCCCGGGACCAGGGCUACAGUGAGGUUGUCCUUGAGACAUCGAUGUUUCAAUAUGGGGCCCUGGCUCUCUAUCAGGGAAUGGGCUUCCAGAAGACUAGAGAGUUAUAUAUAGACAUGCUAACAAAGCUACUGGAUUUCCGUUUAAUUCAAUUUAUGUACUGUCUCCCUUCUAUUCAGGAAGCAGGGCUGUAAUCUUAUUUCUCUAUAUCAGGGCAAGAUGGGACUCUAAAAUAGUAACAAGCAAACCCUGAGAUCUGAGUAAUACAAACCAUUAGAGCUCACAUUUUGUAUACUUCAGAUCUCAAUCAUCUAGGUGGUAGG